CCUAGUAAUGAACUUCAAUCAUACCUUCCCUUCCAAGAAGAAGGGUCCUGCCUAAAGCGCAGUACUUUUUGCAUAUUCAAUUGCUACAACUGCACGGCUACUGCGUAGUUACAACAUAGCCAUGUGAUUCCAUAGUUUUAAAUUGCUAAUGACCAAGAUGACAUAAAGACAACCCACUCGUGUGAUAGUUUUUAUAUCACCUCAUUCCAAGAUCCUUCCUUGAGCAAUGAUCUCUGCACCAAAGGUUUUAUUAUAAUUGUUUCACUAAUUAAUGUUCACUUAUGGGGCGCACCAGUCUGUAUAUAGGUCACAAACAAGCACAACAAAUCCACUGCUCUAUUCAUUCAACAAUGAAUCUUCAUCAUAAUGAACUAUGAUCAUUUUAAUGGGCAUCAUAAUCAGUUUUUUGAUACCCUUGCUCUACAAAUUAAGAGACAAGGUAAGCGUAUUUGUAGGAUUAAGCUCUGCAAUUUGGCAUUGACUAUCCUAGGUUAGUAUCUGUCAUGUUGGUACUAGCUGCUAUAAAUAUCAAAAUAGUUCAUAGUUAAGUUAAUAUUCAUCCUCUCAUAGUUAAGUUAAUAUUCAUCCUCUCAAAACCUUCAAUUAAACUGAAAGAAGAAGAAAAAAAAAGAGAAGUCAAACCAUGGCUAACACCACCCACAAGGUUAAAUCAUUGAGCUUACCAUCAAAGUUGAAUCACAUCAACCAAAGAAUCGAACACGAGUUGAAAAAGCUCAGAGCCAAAGAGGAAGCAUCAACAUCAGCCUCCGAAAGCAUCAUUAUUGGUGUAUCAGGGCUUGCAGAGUUGUAUGGGUGUAUCAACAAAGCACUGAGUCUUCCAAUGACUCAACAGGCUCUUUCACUUCGCCAACAUGAGAAACAUGUUGGCGAGUUGCUGAAAGGAUGCUCAAGCCUUCUUAAUGUUUGUAGCUCGAUCAAGGAGAUCGUGCUACAACAAGGAGCAAUCACUAAAGAGCUUGAAUCCACUCUUUCUAAUACGAAAGAUGGAUGCACCAACAUUGCUAAUUAUAACUCCUUGCGAAAGGAAGUAAUUAGAAAAGCUAAGGAUGUAAUGUCAUCCUUAAAUCAACUUAAUGUUAGCAUAAUUGAAGGAGAAGAUUGUCAUUUAUCAACAAUGAUAAAAUCUCUUAGAUGUGUUAGCAUCAUAAACUUAUCUGUCUAUGAAUCACUCCUGUCUUUCUUAUCAAUGCCCGUGUCUAAGCCAAAACGAUCCUUGGUUUCGAAGCUGAUGAACAAAGGCCGAAGGGGUAAAUGUGAGAGCGGAAUUGAGAUAAAUGAUGUUGAUAUGGUGUUGCAUGAGCUGCUAUCAGGGAAAACAACAAAUGAGGAGAAGUUGUGUUUUACAGUUGGUAAAUUGAGGACAUUGGUGGGUGUUAUGGAGGGUAUGGAUAAUGGCCUGGAAAACAUGUGCAAGCAGCUUUCUGAAACAAAAGUCUUUCUUAUGAACAUACUCUCCUUCUAAGUUCUAGCUUAGAAAGUACUAACCAUUUUUUUACCAUAUACCUUGACAUAUACUCUGUAUAUACUUAUCUUAGUUCAAAUGUUCAAUAUA